AUGCCACCCAAGCGCAAGGCAGACACCGAGGACGGGCCUGCUAAAAAGAAGGCUGCGACUGCACCCAAGCUGAAGAAAUCCAAGGCACCAAAUUGGAAUGAGGACUCCGGUUAUUCGAAUGAGAAGCCGACAACAGAGUGGGCUAGGAAAUGCGUUGACCGCUGGUGCCUACUGCCACCCUACAACACGAGGAUGACCGAGAAGCAUUGGCAAGAUUACUACAAUGAACGCUCUGCUCUCGACAAGAUCAACUCGUCUGGAGCUCCAGAAUCGAAAGAAAUAGUAUCCGAAGAGCUUUGCCAAGAUACCUGGAAGAUUCUUCGUGGGGCUGCAAGGGAUCUGGCUUCGAUCGUACUCGGAAGCAAGCUAGAUGACGAAGAUCGUAAGAAGCACAUUGCUCGUACCUUAAUGGGUUCGCUGUAUUUUACCGAAUUGUGGGGCAACGACGAAGGCGACGAUACACCCCGUGAAGUGCAGGCCAAAUCCCGUCUGUAUUCGCCCUUUGGUGUCGGUACUUCCAUCGACUUUUAUUAUUUUUAUCAUCUCCGGCCAAGGAUGUUUGGAAAGGGAGAGAGGUUUGCGUCUUUUUAUGCUAAAUCCCGGCCAAUCGUCGAGAUCGACCCUGAAAAUCCUACAGCGUGCAGUGCUACCAAACGCAACGCUAAUGGAGCCAUAAAGGCUACUUCCGAUGCGAUUACAGUAUUUGACCGAAAUGGGAGCAAAUCCAAAGGUACCACAGCUGCAAAUGUAAAAUCAUUUGAACAAGCCAUAUUCGGUGUAAGGGUUGGAUGUGAUUCUCCCCUGAAACUUGUCGAAAUUCUCUUUGCGGCGGGGACGGUAAUGCGCUACCGAGAACAGGACAAGGAAUCCCCGAAAUCAGUCUUGGCUAAGUUCCACUACUUUGAUGGUGAAACUAACGGGCGAGCCCUCUUGGCUGAGGAACUGAAACUAUUGGCUGAACUUGAGGCCAGGGAGCCAGCUAGCCCCGAGGUAUGCAUUCCUCAACGUAUGUUGCUGUUGGCUCGCCAAGGAGAUGGUGGAAGCGAGCCGGGCCCCAGCAACCAAGUGAGUGCUUAG